GACGUGUCUCUCCGCGAAGGCGCUGCGCCCCGGAGCAGGCUGGGCCGCGGUCAGCGCCGCCUCGGUCGGAACGGAGCGGAGCCCAGGCGGGACGCCGAGCCGGAGCAGCCGCCGCCAUGGCGAUCAAAUUUCUGGAAGUCAUCAAGCCCUUCUGUGUCAUCCUGCCUGAAAUUCAGAAGCCAGAGAGGAAGAUCCAGUUCAAGGAGAAGGUGCUAUGGACAGCCAUCACCCUCUUCAUCUUCCUAGUGUGCUGCCAGAUUCCCCUGUUUGGUAUCAUGUCUUCCGAUUCUGCCGACCCUUUCUAUUGGAUGAGAGUGAUUCUGGCCUCGAACAGAGGCACGCUGAUGGAGCUGGGUAUCUCUCCCAUCGUCACCUCUGGCCUCAUCAUGCAGCUUUUGGCUGGUGCUAAGAUCAUCGAAGUUGGUGACACUCCAAAAGACAGAGCUCUCUUCAACGGAGCCCAGAAGUUGUUUGGCAUGAUCAUCACCAUUGGCCAGUCUAUCGUGUAUGUGAUGACAGGAAUGUACGGGGACCCUUCUGAGAUGGGGGCUGGAAUCUGCCUGUUAAUCACCAUUCAGCUCUUUGUUGCUGGCUUAAUUGUCUUGCUUUUGGAUGAACUCCUGCAAAAAGGGUAUGGCCUAGGCUCUGGUAUCUCCCUCUUCAUUGCAACUAACAUCUGUGAGACCAUCGUAUGGAAGGCAUUCAGCCCCACGACUGUCAACACUGGCCGAGGAAUGGAAUUUGAAGGUGCCAUCAUCGCCCUCUUCCACCUGCUGGCCACACGCACAGACAAGGUGCGAGCACUCCGAGAGGCAUUCUACCGCCAGAACCUGCCCAACCUCAUGAACCUCAUCGCCACCAUCUUUGUCUUUGCAGUGGUCAUCUAUUUCCAGGGCUUCCGAGUGGACCUGCCAAUCAAGUCAGCCCGUUACCGCGGCCAGUACAACACCUACCCCAUCAAGCUCUUCUACACCUCCAACAUCCCCAUCAUCCUGCAGUCCGCCCUCGUGUCCAAUCUGUACGUCAUCUCCCAGAUGCUGUCCGCUCGCUUUAGCGGCAACCUGCUGGUUAGCCUGCUAGGCACCUGGUCUGACACCAGCUCUGGGGGCCCGGCGCGCGCUUACCCUGUGGGUGGCCUUUGCUAUUACCUGUCUCCUCCCGAGUCCUUCGGCUCUGUGCUGGAGGACCCCGUCCAUGCCGUUGUGUACAUCGUCUUCAUGCUGGGCUCCUGCGCCUUCUUCUCCAAGACGUGGAUUGAGGUCUCGGGUUCUUCUGCCAAAGAUGUUGCAAAGCAGCUGAAGGAGCAGCAGAUGGUGAUGAGAGGCCACCGGGAGACGUCCAUGGUCCACGAGCUCAAUCGGUACAUCCCCACAGCUGCAGCCUUUGGGGGGCUGUGCAUCGGGGCCCUCUCAGUCCUGGCCGACUUCCUGGGCGCCAUUGGUUCUGGAACGGGAAUCCUGCUCGCGGUGACAAUCAUCUACCAGUACUUUGAGAUCUUCGUCAAGGAGCAGAGUGAGGUCGGCAGCAUGGGGGCCCUUCUCUUCUGAGCCACGUCUCCUCAGGGACCGGGAGAGGCCAAGGCCACGCGCUCCGGAACUGCCUAGAGACGGGUGCUCUUCUCACAGGAGAGCACUGCUGUGGCAUUUGGACUUUGUUUAUUAAUGUUUUUUAAUUUCAUAUUCCUUCAUUCCACUGUUUAAAGUGCUAGACAUUCUCCAAUUUGAAAUUUUGCUCUUUUAUUCUGGCAUUGGCAAAACGAACUGUAGAAGUGAGUUUUCCUUCAGCUGAUUGCCAGAAAGGGGAUGGUGAAUGAUUGUCCUCAAGCGUCCAGGAACGUUUGCUUUAGCCUUGGCACCUUCUCAGUGCCACUCCCCCACAAAGGGAAUUGCUGGUUCUGGUUGGAAGCACAAACCCUGAAAUGUCAGCGUUUCAUUUUGGCAGUAGCGUGGGAAGUGGGGGAUCACGUGUUGCUGAGGAUGUAAAUGUGGGGAACCUCACAGCCAGGUCUCCUUCAGUCAGGGACCGGAAUAUCUGGCUUCAGACUGUUCUCUGUAAGACACCUUUGUUGUCCCUUUUACACAGUUUUUUAAGCACAGAGCUUCUUCCAAAAGACGGACACGUUUCCCAGAGGACACUGGGCCAUCCGUUGGUUUCCCAUGUGUGUGCUGUUGGCUCCUCCAGCCUUGAGGCUGAGAGCAGGCUGUUUGUUUGCACCAUCUCUGGUCAGCUCAUGUCGCCUCCGCUGGAGCCAGGUCAGGGUUCGGCAGCUGUACAAGUGGAGCCUGGCCAGGCGAGUCACAUGUCUGUGUGGAGGGCCCUUGCAGCGAUGUGCAUCUGUCCCGCCAGCUUCUGCCAGUUGUCCCGGAAUUGUCUCCUUGUGGCUACACUACUGGUACCCACUGUCCCCUAUAAAGGGGACAGGCCGUGGCAGCAGGCAGGCACCAAAGGAGAGCAACAGUUCUUGGGCUGCCUCCCUCUCUACACAGGGCCCCUCCCGUUAUUCUAGAAUUGUCUUCCGGUGCUCAGGACCAAACGCGAGUGCGUCAGGAGAUGCCAGAGCCCCUCUCCAGGUCCGCGGACUUGGCAGAGACGGGAGCACACAGGCGGCUCCUCUCUGGGGAAGUCAGGUUCCUCCGAGAGCUUGGGUUCUCAAGUUGCCCCGGCUUCCACCUGCAGACUCGCACUUGGGUCUGCAGUCAGUGACAGCUGGGGACCCAGGUCUUGGCUUUCAUGGAGGCCCUUUGUGGGAGCCGAGUGCUGCCUGUUGAGGGCAGCAGGCUGGGGACGAAGAUCCUGAGGGACCUAGAGGCUGAGUGAGCCUUAGAUACUGGGGGACCAAGGGUGUUCUCAUGGAGGAUGCCCCUUCUAAGAAGGGAGCCUGGCGGGAAGUGCAGCCAUGGAGGAGGUGCCCCACCAGCAGCGCGCAGCCCCAUCACGAUUCAGUAGAGGUCGCAAACUUUUUAGCUGUCUGGGUCGGGUUGGGGCUUCCCAGGAGACCUCACUGGCAGUACUGACCAGGAAGCAGACUGGCCUAAAGCCACCUGGCAAGCCAGCAGCACAACAGAGUAGACUCUGGUCCCUCAACCCACAGCCCAGGACUCAACACCAAUACCACACGUGGCCUUGUCUAGACCCAGUCCUGAGCAGCCGGGAGCUCUUAAGACCUGGCGCCCUCCCUCUGCAGGGCCCUCCCACUCCUGCCCUCUGUGGCUGCUUCAGAGCAGCAGGCCCCUCCCAGCCCAGCCCUGGGGAUGCCGCGGGCUCUGGCGAGGGGGUAGCACGACCGUGGGCCAGAGCGCGCCAGGCCUCAGGAGGAGCCCUGCCAUCCUGCCUGCUGCUGUAACCAUCCAGCUGGGCCGUGUGCGGCCCCGGCUCGCGCCCUCUGGUUGAUGGUCAGUGUGUGGGUGGGUAGGGGCUGACCCCUGCUUUCAGGGGACUGUCACUGUGGAUGCCAAAAUGGCUUAACUGAGAUACGGUGAAUAAGUGACAAAUAAAGCCAACUUUUUACAAGCUA